AUGAAUGAAUACCCAUUAUAUAGACGUCGUGAUAAUGGUAUACAUAUCAAUGUCAAUAAUGUUGACGUUGAUAAUCGCUGGAUUGUUCCAUAUAAUCCAUGGCUUUCCAAGAAACACAAUUCCCAUAUAAACUUGGAGGCUUGCACGUCUAUCAAUGAACGUAAUCAUUAUGAGGUGCAGACAUUUUCAGAUGCGCAGUAUGUCAGUGCACCGGAAGCUUUAUUGCGUCUUUUUAAACUUAACAUGCACCAACAAUCUCAUGUUGUCCAUAGAUUACCAGUGCACUUGUCAAAUAACUAUAUUGUUUAUUUUCAGAAAGGACAGGAAAAAAAAGCUCUGGAUAGAGCCACAGAUCAGGCUGCAAAAUUAACAACUUCGUUUGUGUUAAAUGCAGAGAAUCGUGAUAAUCGCCAAAAUAUGAAUCCAGAUAUUCCUCUUCAUUUUGUUUUUAAUAAGAACAAAGUUUGGAAACCAAGACAACGCGGUCAUUGUAAAAUUGUGUCAAGAACGUAUAAUCAUACACUUGGUACAACUGCUUUUGAAGAUUUACGAGCUGUCAAUGGCAAUGUUGCUGAAACAUUUCGUGACGCCUGUUUAUUGUGUGGACGUCUGCAAGAUGAUACUGAAUGGAACAAUACGUUGCAGGAAGCUUUUAACUUUCAGAUGCUUCGACAAUUGAGGCAACUGUUUGCUGUGAGAGCUACUCACUGUGAACCUUCAGAUCCUUUUACUUUGUGGACAAGGCAACUUCCUAAACACAUUGGUGUUGCUAUGGAGGCUGAAGAAGUUUCUCAACUAAGGGCUCAACUUACAGACAAACAGACUGGACUGGCUAAUGCAGUCAUAGCAGCUGUUGUAAAUGUUGCUAACAAUGUGGCCCAAAACAACCGCCUGUUUUAUUUAGAAGGUGCUGGUGGUAGUGGUAAAACCUUUACUUAUAAUUACCUUAUUUCUGAGCUUACAUGUAGAGGUUUCCAAGUUGCAACUGUAGCAUUUACUGGCAUAGCAGCAACACUUUUGAAAAUGGGUACCACCAUUCAUAGACUAUUACGGUUACCUGUUCCCAUUGUAGAGAACAAUCGUCUUCUAAAAGAUGUUUGUAAUAAUGAGCUCCCAUUUGGAGGUAAAAUUGCUCUUUUAGGUGGUGAUUCUCCACAGUCACUGCCUUUAGUCAGAAAGGGAAAACCAACUGAAAUUGUGGGCAUGUGUUUAAAAAGUUCUUCAUUAAUGCACUUGGUUAAAGAAUUUCAAAAAAGGUUGAAUGAUGGAUAA